AUGACGCUCGUCACGCAACGCUUAGCGUCGUCAUCUUUCGCGUCGUCGUCCUUUGCAUCGAGGACGCGACGAAAAGAACGGCCGAUUGUGCCUCCUGCGUGUCUCGCGCGCGCCGCCGCAUCCGCCCCGAGCGACACCCCGUCGUGCACCAAGUGCCGCGACACCGGCUCGUACGCGUGCGUGCAGUGCAAGGGCGCGGGCUACCUCCCACCCGGGGGAUUUCACGCGAAGAACGUCGUCGACAUGAAGAACGCGGUGGGGACGAAGUGGACAGCGCAUCGACGAACACGCGGUUGGCGACACUUCGAGUGCAUAGGGGCGUCACCCAAGGCGAAAACGCUCACUUUAAGGGCGACGUGCGAUAUAACGGUCACGGUGGACAUCCCGGUGACGUUCUUGAAGGACCGUAUGGAGUGGAGCUCGGGAUGGAAACAGCGGGACGACUUCGAGUGGGUCGGAGACGUCGAUCAACCUGGUGGGGCAGUCGCGAGGCCAAAGGGCGGGGCGACGUGCGUGAAGUGCGAGGGGAGCGGACAGAUUCCAUGUGAGGCCAAAGGGUGCGACAUGGGGCUUGUUCGCAUCGAAAAGCAGAGAGCAGUGAUCGAGCGGACGGAGGCGAUAUUUAAGCGACAGCUUGAUUCGUUGCGAAAAGAGGACGACGAAGCGAGCAUACAGCGCGCGCGGAUGCUGAAAAAACAGCUCAACUUGAAGAGUGACGCAAAGAAGGAGCGCACUCGAGCGGAGGUCGAGCGUAAGCGUCGACAAAAACUGCAAAUAAACGACGACGGCUCGAAGUGGGCGGAUUUCCGAAACGACCGACGCGACGCCGAGCUCCGCGAGUGGCUCGCAGGCGCGCUCGACGAUGAACCGGAUCCUGACUCACAGCAAUAG